UUAAUCUCUCUUUUUUGGUUGUUCUUGAUGCAGACACAGUUAGGGACAGUACAGCUGUAGCAAUGGCAAGUUUUUGCCCAACAAUCACUUGGACAAUUUCAACAUAUAAUGCCUUUUAUUAUUAUUUUAGUUAUGAUGGGUGCAAUGAAUGGAACUAUAUUUACAGCUAGCAGAUAUUUAUUUGCCGCAGCCCGUAGCAGACAAAUUCCAUCAUUUUUGGCUUUACUUAAUCCAGAAAAUGAUUCUCCCAGAGCUUCUAUUUUUACUCAUGUUUUAAUGGCAAUUUUAUUUUCUUUUGUUGGGGACACAAAUCAAUUAAUUAAUUAUUUGGGGUUUGCCCAAUGGCUACAAAGAGGAUUUACAAUGUGUGCAUUAUUGUGGAUUAGAUUUAAUUUUAAUAAUUUUAUUUUACAUCCAGAUGCUAUUAAAACACCUAUUGUAAUUUAUUUAUUUAAAUUAAAAGUGUCUCUCCUUAAAAUCGGGAACAGACCUGGGCGAAACUCAAAAUUUUUUUCUGACGAAACGAAACGAAACAAAAUUUUUUUAAAAUCGUUUCGUUAA